GCGGGUCUCGUACGUUUUACGUCACUUGGAAAUGUGCAUCUGUACGAGCAAGCGUCUUUCCGCUAGCACCGAGAUCAAGUUGACGUCGUCUUCUCGACUACCCUCGUACAUCGAUCGCUCUUUCGGGCACACCAUAUGAAAUUCACGCGUUUUCUGAGACCAGUUCUGGCUUUUAUUCGGCAUAAGACGACUAUCGUCGAAGCUGCGAUUACCAAGCACGUAAGAGCGGCGUCUUCAGACCGAAGCAGAAUGCAUUGCCCAGUUUCGACCGCAGAUGUUCAUCCUGCUGUUUUUGUCAGGGGGACAAACGAGGUCCGAAAACCAUGCCAAACGAAGCAUCAGGCUGAGAUCUAGGAGAACUUUGGCGUUUACACGAGAAAGGUAAUUUUUUAUUUGUGCUCUGCUAGUAUCUAAGUACACAUACGGCAUGUGUAGAGGAAUUCUCGAUACGCCUUUGAACUCUAGAAAUGUAGUGCUGCGGUGGUUUCCAGUGAGGUUUGGAUCCACCACAAAAGGCAGAGAACUCAAGAGUUUCGAAAAUAAAGAUUUCCUGGAUGUGACAGAAUGAGAAAGGCAAUAAGUCUCUAGGCGGCCGUCGUCGUGGAAAGAAGAAAGCAAAAGUAUAUCGGGGGAAGACUGGACUGGCUGUGUUGUCCCGUUACACAGACACGACUUCUCGUAGGCUGAGGGCAUUCAUUCACGGAAUCGAGGGACCUCACUCUUGGGUCGAAGACAGUUUCACACAUGAAUCUUGAAUACACCACCAUUACAGGACUGAUUGGAUUCUUAGGUAUCAGAAGGUUAACUUAGAGUAAAUAUAGUGUUAUCUGCGCGAUUUGUUUUCCUCUUGUCGUCGGGGUAAUCGUAAGUCAAUGAUUCUCUGACAGAGUUUCUCGUGACUCUCCUUUCUGGAUCUACCAAAGUUAUUCGCUCCGAGUAGCACUGGUGGUAUUCUGUGGCGACGACCCUAUCUGAUCUACUGAGAGUCUCUGGUGCCUCUCUCAGUAACUCGCUCUCCCUUUUUCCGGUUUUUCCGCCAACCCCUUGGGUUUUACUUCGGAGGAGAGAAGAAUGUUUGUGCUCGUAUCUUCGGAUUACUGAGGGGCUCCGUCUCUCCCCCGACUAAAGGUCGGGACGUGUUGUGUAAGCGUGUGCUCGGUCCGAACAGCUGAAAGGUUCUAACAACUAUCCGAGAAACUGGGCCUGAGCUAAGACUGCGAUAAAACAGAUGCGGAUUCGCUUACAAGAUUGAUGCUCCUCGCAGUUCUCCGGUUUCACUCACUGUUUGUGGAAAGGCGUCCCGCAUACUGUAGGUCACGGUUGCAGUGCGUCCGGUGUUCUGCUAAUUCCCACAAACAGUGGUAUCAUAAGUUGAGGUGGAACCUUCAGAAGGAGCGAACUUUUUGACGGAUUUCGGCUAUUGUGUGCAAUUGCCAUCCAGUGUAAAAAUAGUGGCAGAGUCCUGUCAUGCUCAAAGCCGGGGCUGCCAUUGCUACUCACAGCACUGGUGCAAAAGAAACGAAAGUGGAUGUGAAGCAGGAUGGAUCUGCUUUCACGCACAGCAUGAAUCUGGUUAUUUCUUCGCAGAGGAAAGGAUCGAAAAGGAACCGAUGUCGUGUCGCCAUCGUGCAAUUGUGCCGACAUGUAUUUCUGUGUCCGUUGGUUUUGGAAACUUCGCUUCACAGAAAAAACAGCUAUGCUAGUAUUGAAUGAGUGGUUAUCGGAACAGGGCUGCAGCGGCGAAAAGCGUUCUGCUCCAUUCUCCUUCGCGUUACGACUACUGAGAGGUCACACUUGCCGCGUGGCUCGCAGUCACCACUGUACUCUGUAAAGUUUCCUCUCUGGAGGUCCACCUGUGCUUCCCCCAGUGUGCAUUGCCUCCCGACAUCUGCCCACUGGCGCGUCUGCUUCUGAGUUUGUCAAGUGGACGAUGAGAGUCGGGCUCUAAUCGCGAAUCAAGAAUUAUCGAGCUUAGAACCGUGUUUCGCUGUAGUGUGCAACGCGUCGAAUCCUAUGAGAUACCACACAUAAAACAACAUAAACACAGUUAAUUGAGGUUUUCUUGUUCUCUACCUGCCCUGCAACGCGUGGCAAAGGGGCCACAAGCUGUCUGUGUACUGACGCAGACAGCAUGCGUGUUUGGCAAUCGAGGAAACGCGAAGUCAAAAAGGUAUUUCCUGGCUUCACCUUAACGAAAUUUCGAAUGCAGGCAAAGGGGUUGAAGUUCCCAAAAGAAUGGGAGGGGAGAGAGGGGUCUUUCAGCCUUCUUUUCUCCACUCUUUUGCAGACUCAGAAUGCGUGUGUUCGAGAGGAGGCUGGCGGCAGCCCACAUUGGCUUUUUCUCAGGCAAGCGCGGGCCGUCUUUUUCUUAUCGACUGGCGUUCUUUUUCGGAAAAGCUAUCUAAUUUCCGCUUGCACGUUAAUGCUUUCUUUUGAUCCACGGUUCCCUAUGUGUCUGGAUGGUUUGUACGAGCGUUAUCUGCAUACGUCGCGGCUUGCUCCUGUGAAUGACUCGGUUGUCGUGGGUGGUGAGCAGCUAGGACGCUGAACAAAGAUUUGAAAGUAGGGCUUUCCCGCAGUUGUUCCAUUUAGAAAACAGUGUGCCUUCAGUGUUGCCUGCGCUCGCUCAGAAGUUUGUAGGCGUACACAUUUGCGUGCUUCCUGGUUCUCUCAGCGCUCCGUGUCUCUCCUCGAAGAGCAAAUCCUGUUUUGCUUGGGAGAAAACAUCUACUGCAGUCCCCGCUUCGAUGGCAGUGGCGUUGACGCGAGACAACAGGCGUAUUGCACAGAGGAGACCCGCGAACGGAGGCGCAGCUGAAGCACGGUGGCAUGGGGGAAUUGUCUUUGGAAAUAAAGACGAGAAGCGGUCCCUUCUAAAUUUGAGUUUGGUGAAGAGCCGACCCGUAUUUCAAGAAAGCGACAAGAACUGGGUGCCGUUACUGUCUAUGAGGGGAAACGGCUAACCAAGGUGUGUAGGCAUCGAAAAAAGGAGCCCGCGCCGCGUGCUUUCAGUUUACUCAUCUCGUUACGACCGAAAUACGCCCUCGAAUGCGUUGUGGAGACACCGCCUGCAAGGUGCGUGACUUUAUUCCACCAUUUCCUUCGCCAUUCUUCCCUUACAACCGAUUCAGACGCGGCUCUAAAACGAACAAGGAGGUUUGGCAUUCUACAGGAGUGUCCCAACUCCGUUGCGCGUGCACUUCGUCAUCAACGACGAGUCGUCUCGGCGCUGUGUCGCGCGUUUUCCCCUCAAAUGGCCCACCCGUUCGAGACAGCUGAGAUCCAGACAUCUCUGAAAUGAAGUCGCUUUCUCGAGAGCUCGAUAGAGAUGCACAGGAAGACUGGCAGCUUGCCCAACGACAACGCUGUCGGGGCAAGGAGUUGCCCGUAGUUCCCCCGGGCUCGGGAGGGCGGCAAAACCUGCGGCCGGACGGGAACAGACCCUUGCAAGGUCACCUCAGACCGAGUCCCUGGUCUUCGUUUCAAGAUUCGAAUAUGUUUUCUCCACCCCACAAAAGCUCUCGACCUCACUCUGGCCGCAUGCCCAACUCCCCGCCUGACUGUCAAGUGCCACCGAUGCACAGAGGCCACGAGACUGCGACUCCGAACACUCGUAGGCAGCUGCUGGAGUCUCAGGCCUGUUCGCGACCAACUGUCCCUGCUUCGCUUGCAGCCCGUGGAUCUGGACACAGAGCGACGUUUUUCUCCCAGAGUCGACCGGCAAGCCCCUCCCACCCGCAGAGCGACAGCCAGCGUCUGCCGUACCACGUCUCGGACCGGGUGCAUGCGUCCGCGCAAACGCAAGAGGCUGCUCAGAACGACUGCGAGGCGUUGACACUUUUGCCGGGAUUCCCCCACUCUGGACCACAGCUGUUUUGCCGACGGGUGGCGAGCGAUAUGGAAUCGACCCUGGGAACGGAAUCCUGGGAGAAAGUCGGGGGAGAGAAGGACAGAGAUCGACAGCGGGCCGGCGACUCGACGGUUGCUUCUGGCAACUCGUGUGCAGGCGUUUGUGGAGCAGAAGCCAAGGACACAACUUCGUCGCCAGGCGGAAACAGAAAACCUUUCACGUGGGCACAACGCGUCUCCCGCGUAAGCCACGACUCCCAGAAGGCGGUCCAGACGGUCAACCUGCCGACGUUCAGAAGGGAAACGAAAGAAGAAGAGGCGCAGAAAGACAGAUAAGCGACCAAGAGGGGAGAGACCGGGGGGGGAGAAACGAAGAACAGAAAAGCAGCGACUGACACGGGAAAGGGUGGAGUCAUGUCACGUCGAAGCAAGGAGUUCAUCGCGGAAAACAAACAAGAGACCACAGAGACACGUGUCGCUGCCUCCUCCCACCCUCGCUCGUCAGGGCCUGUCUCCUCUCCGGAUCCAUCUUCUUCGGGCUGGUCGCGGGGCCCGAGUGCUGCUGUAUAUACACCCCCUCAGGGAGGGACUCAAGGUCGUGCCGCACAAAAGUCGGAGCCCAAUCGCAUUUCGAUGGCAUCUGCUGCCGUCUCUUCCUGUCGAGAAACAGGGGCAUCCGCGCGCGGCGAGAGCAAGGCAAAGGAGUCGGGUGUCAGUACACUGUACUCCAGGGCAGGGUGCGAUUUCGCGAUGCAUGCGACCUACAUGGAACCCGUGUCUCCGUUCGCUGCUUCGUCGGAGACACAGCGGGUGCGGCAGAGACCGGAGGGCGAGUCAAAGCCUUCAUCACCUACAAGAGUUGAAAGGGGAGACGGAGGGGUGUCAAGAGAAGGCGAGGAAGAGACUCGACAGGAGACACAGACAGAAGAAGAAAAGGAACAACGGGGCGUGGCCAAGGACGAAGGAAGACGCGAACAUGAAGAGGAAGAUGCCCAGAUGACGCCGCCGGACACCCCUUGCGUGCUCAGCGCAAUUCAGGGCCUUCUGCAGACUUCGCAAGGCGAGCGUAUGUCAAGUUUUUUCGUCGAAGACGUGCAGGCAUUCCCCGACCUUAGUCUAAAGCUGACAGGAGGAGACCUUCCUUCGUUUGCUCAACGGGGUCUAGUCAACACACACAACAACUGUUACAUGAACGCCGUCGUUCAAGCUCUUCUUCCUGUUCUCCUCCCACUGUGGCCGCAACUUCUCUCGCCUCUGUAUUGGGCUCGAAAGAUCGGGCAAGGGUCGGACUCUCAGCCUCAGAGCGCCGCUUCGCUCUCGCUGUGGGGCAGUCUCGCCGAAGCUGUACGGGUGUUUCUCGAAUUCAAGAAAUCCUCGUCUGUUGCUCGCCCUGGCGAUGUGGCUCGCAUUUUCCAGCAUGUUGUGUCUGGACAGUCCGGAGGGGUCAUGGCUGAAGCCGGGCUUGUCUGGGGACAGCAGGCAGACGCGUCGGAAUUCCUUCUUUUCCUUAUCAAUGGGCUCCACGACGAAUGCAAAUGGAUGAGAGGCCACGGGGACGGUUUCGCUGACUCAUCGGGAGCGCAAAAUGGCGAUGGCGGUUUCGUUGAGAUCGGCAAGAAGAACAAGAAAAUUAAACCUCGAGUCAUCGGAAGCGACGAGGACUCACUCGUGUACCGGCUGUUUGGUGGUUCGUUGAGAGAGUGUUCCGUCGACCCUCGAACGGGGUCGAAGCUUAGCGAGCGGAAGGAGUUCUUCCUUUUUGUCUCCUGCUCGGUUCUUCCACAUUUGCGAACUCUCGAGGCGGUCCUGGAUGCACACUUCGCGGACCAAGAGGUGGAGCUCGCAGAAGCAGGCCCGAAGGCCAGUGGGGCUGACGAGAAGACUCUGAGGGCCAAUCGGCGUGGCACGGGCGGUACCGGGGAGGGCCGAAAACGGGGUGCUGAGGCAGAGAGGCGGCCGCGAUGUCGCCUGCAGACGCGCAUUGAGUCUCCGCCUCCGAUCCUCGUCAUCGUGCUCCAGCGGUUCUCCUACGAUCGAGAGAAGCAGCGAGCGCGGAAGGUGUCGCACCCCGUGACGCUGUCUGAACGGCUCGUUCUGCGGCCUUCCUGGUGCGUGAAUUCCUCGCGCGAGGGCCUGCAGAAGCCUGAAGGCGUCUCUGCGGCCGACAGCAAAAACACCAAGAGCAGCACUCGGGGGUGCACUUUCCCGUUGGAAGCCGAGACGGCGAAGCGUGAGAGACACGAACAAACAUGCCAUCUGGGAGUCGAGGAGAGAACGUACGAGCUGUCCGGUGUCAUCUCUCACAAAGGCGUUCUCAUGAACAGGGGCCACUACACUGCAGCCAGUCGCCUACCGGUCUCCCUAGCCGCAACAGCUGGAAAGAGGCAAGGCGGCGCGUGUCGUGAGCACAACAGAAAAGACAUUCUCUCGAACGUCAAGGGCGGCGACUGGGUGACGGCAGCAAAGGGCGGCUUGCGAGGCGAGGCGUUGAAAAGGGAGGCGCAGACAGAUGUGGAGAGGCCGCGUGGAGGAGAAGAGCAAUCCGAAUCCGAGACCGAAAAAGAGAGACGCGCGGUUGCGCAAGAGAAGCCGGAGGAAGAAGAGACAGUGUGGAUCCUCUCCGAUGAUAUGUCAUGCUCUGUGAGGUCGUUCGACGCUGUACAGAACAUGGAAGGACACUACGUCCUCAUUUUCGUCAACCGGCGAUGGCAAGUAAGCAGCGACCCAAGGCGAGCCUUUGAACGAGCUCGCAUGUUCCAGACCCAGCAUAAAAUGACGACGAAGACAGGCGACGAAGACUGAAGGCACUGUAGCGGAAAGCGACAAUAAAGACACAAGACAACAGAGGCUUGGUGCCCAAUACCUGGGGAACAGUGGAAAAGCGGAAAUAAAAACACGAGAAAAGAGGGUUCGUGGUGUGACCGUUUUCCGGAGAUUUGUCUGUCUUCGGACGGCGACACUCCUGGUUUUUUGAUUCGGGUACACCAGGUGGCUUCUCUGUUCACAUUAGUGCUUUUACCUCCCUAAAGAGGAAUCAGUUUUCUCGAACUUAAUUUGAGUUUUGUUUCAGGGCUACCGGAGAUGUUGAUAAUGCACUGGUCUUCAUCAGUAUCGUGCACGUUCUAUCAAGCGUGGAAUCUGACGGUCCCCAUGUGAAGUUAUAAAGUUGUAUCUUGUCACACGCUGAGGUUGAUGUCCGCUUUAAAGAAAUCAACCACCGAUUUGCGAGACUCUGGAUCUCUGAAGAAAAACAGUUCGUUCUUCGUAAAGAACGGUGAAUACGAUUGCAGGUGA